CAUGCAGAAAAUUCAUGCCUACCCCGAGCGUUACCUGGCCUCCGUGUGGCUGGUGAGGAAUGUAGCAUACUUCCUGCCGGAGACUCUGCUGGGGUGGGUGUUCCGAGCUCUCUCAGCUCGAUAUCCUAUCCUCAUGUCCAACCUAGCAGGACCCUCCCACCCCAUCAACCUCUGGGGACACGACCUCCUGAAUAUCUUCUACUGGAGACCCCCGCAGGAUGGCGCUGUGUUGUCCGUGUGCGUGGCGUCGUACUUGGGUCGUGCCCACCUGGGCGUGGUUGGAGACAUGAGGGUAGUGCCCAACGCUGCUACUUUGCCCCAGGCCUUCGUUACACACCUGAAUGAACUUGCUGUCAACACUGGUGUUAGGCUAGAACGUAGAUCAUCACGUAACUGGUCGAGAAGUGGCUCUCCAGGCACCACGCCCAUACCAACACCACCGCCCACGCCCACACUCACGCCCACUUCCUCACAUAAAAGCUUGUUCUUACAGUGGGGGAGACCUAAACCAGUUGGUCACUUAACCAGAAGACGAUCCUCUGUCUUCUAAAGAUCUCAUCUUCCUCCAUAAGAAUGAAGAAACACUGCCGAAGGCCUUCUGGCCCAUAUAAAGCAGGUUCUUAUCAAAACCACCACUGAUAUAUUUGCCCAAUCUCUUUUUAAAGCUACCCAGGGUCCUAGCCUCUAUCACCUCACUCGGAAGACUGUUCCACACAUCCACCUGGACAGGACAAGAGUCUUCUCACACCUUCUGCCACCUUUUCACCUGGUUGUAAAUAAGAACUUAGGGUGUGCAAGAAAGGUAUAAAAUACCGACAAUAUGAAAGCUUAGACACAUGCAACAUCUGGGUAUCUUUAUUGUAGACGUUUCGCCAUCCAGUAUUGAUAAAGCCACUGGAUGGCGAAACAUCUACAAUAAAGAUAUCCAGAUGUUGCAUGUGUCUAAACUUUCAAGAACUCAGGUGUUAGAAGACUGUUGUGGGUGGCAUCAUGGGUAGGACGAGACAUGGACAAGUCACCUGACACGCUUCACUUACCAGGAUGUAAAGUAAAAGGACACAAGUGCAAC